AUGUCAUGGUAUGGAGCAAUAUAUUCAUAUACACGUAAAGUACGUAAGAGAAAACCUUUUUUUGGAUAUAUUUUACAUUUACUAUGUAAUAUGUUAUUAAUUAUGAAUCUUAGUUUAACUUUUUUCACAUAUCAUUGUAUAUUAAAUAUAACAUUAGAUGAUUUUUUAUUUAAUCUUGAAUGUGGUAUUGUUUAUCUUUUUAUUACAACAUUUGCAUUUGGAAUGACAAUAAUAAGUUUAGGUAGAGCAAUAUUUGAACCACCAGCUAAAGUUCCAAAUCUUUAUAUGAAAGGUGAACAAUAUUCACCAGAUGAUUCAAAUCCUCAACAGAUUGAGGAACAAAAAACAUUACUUGAGGAAUAUGCAACUAUAAGAAAAUUAAAAUUUGCUGAAGUUGAUCAAUGUGAAAGGUUGCGUUAUUGUUAUAUAUGUAAAUGCUUCAAACCAGAUCGUGCUAGGCAUUGUAGUAGUUGUGGCUUUUGUGUCCUUAAAUUUGAUCAUCAUUGUCCAUACAUUAAUACAUGUAUCAAUUUUUCAAAUUACAAAUAUUUUAUAAAUUAUAUUUUUUAUGGUUCAAUAUUUUGGUUAUUUUCUGUUAUUGGUGAAGUUUAUGGAAUAGUAAUUUAUUCAUUAAAUUAUCACUCACAUAUUCAUAGUUGGGAUACAAUAACACAAUUAGUUUUUGCAUUAUCAAUUCAAUUGAUGCCUGGUAAAAGAAUAUUACUUGAUUUGUUAACUUAUCAUUAUUCAUUAAUUAAGAUUAAUGAAACAACAUGUGAACAAUGUAAACCACCAAUAUUUAGGGGAGGAAAUAUUAAUGCUACUUAUAAUACAACUGUCAAAGAAAAUAUACGUUCUGCACUAGGUUGGGGUUUAUGGUUAUUUCCUGUAGAUACAGAAAUUUUAGAUGGUUUAAAUUUUCCAGUGUUUUAUUAUCCUGAAUCACAAGGACCAAAGAUGGUGGUAAGACUUGGUAAAGAUCCUGCUAUUAAUUAUGUCGAUUUUUAA